AUGGUAGAGCAUGGGUACUAUAACUUCCUGAACUGGUUCGAUGAGCGAGCAUGGUAUCCGCUUGGACGAAUCGUCGGAGGAACAGUAUGUCUGAGCCACGGUUUAUCCUGGGCUGAUGUUAACCUCUGGUACGAUUCACUGGCUUCUGGACUCACUGAACUUCCACGUCCAUAUCAGGUUAGUCCAUUUGCUACUCAGUGUAUUCACACGGAAAUCUGCGUAUUCCUUGCACCGACUUUCUCCGGGCUAACUGCUAUCGCCACUUAUCUGCUAACCAAGGAGCUAUGGUCUGCUGGAGCCGGUUUGUUUGCUGCAUGCUUUAUUGCUAUUUCACCUGGAUACACAAGUCGAUCUGUUGCCGGAUCUUACGAUAACGAGGGUAUCGCCAUUUUUGCGCUCCAGUUCACAUACUACCUAUGGGUCAAAGCGUUGAAGACUGGCUCCGUUAUGUGGGCAUCUUUCUGCGCCCUCUCAUAUUUCUACAUGGUUUCCGCUUGGGGAGGAUACGUGUUCAUCAUUAAUCUCAUUCCGCUUCAUGUACUGGCUCUCAUCGUCAUCGGUGAGUCGCUG